AUGCUGAUGGAGGAAGCCAUGCAGCCGGCGGCGGAGGAGGGCCCCAGCGGGGCCAAAAUCUACAAGCAGCAGCGCAGCCCCUACAGCGUCCUCAAGACCUUCCCCAGCAGCCGGAGACCGGCGCUGAGCAAGCGCUACGAGCGACCCACCAUGGUGGAGAUCCCGCAGGUCCGGGCGGGCGUCGGGCAGCAGCAGCAGCAGCAGCAGCAGCAGCCGCCCCACUUCCAGCCGCAGCCGCUGCCCGCUGUCGCCUCCUCCUCCUCGGCUCUCGGCGAGCCCCCGCUGCCUUACCCAGCGCACGGCGCCUUCCCCGGCGGCCGCGCCGCCCACGGCCCCCCGCCCCGGAGUUCGGCUCCGCCGCUGGGACACCAGGGGCCGGCCGCCUCUUCCUCCUCCUCCUCCUCCUCGUCCUCGUCGUCCUCCUCGGCCAGGUACGGCCACAACCACCAGGGGGCGGCAAGCAGCAGCAGCGAAGGAAGCGGCGGGGGCCUGGAGCUGAGCGCAGAGAGCCGUGUGAUUUUGGAUGCUUUUGCUCAACAGUGCAGCCGGGUUCUUCGUCUUUUAAAUUGUGGAGGAAAACUUCUGGACAACAAUCGCGCUCAGCCACUGACUUCCUGUGUGAAACAAGAGAGCAUGGCUUUUAACGAAAGGCCAGAGCAGUGCCAGCUUGGGAAAAUGGUUCACAGUCAGACCUCAGACAACUUAGACCUAGAGUUGCAGUACAUGCAUAAGAAGCAGCAGACCUCAGCUUUUCUAAGGGUAUUUACUGAUUCUCUUCAAAACUAUUUGCUUUCUGGAAGCUUUUCCUCUCAGAAUCCUUCCUCAGCUAGUGAUUUUGGCCAUUUGGCAGACAUGGACCCGCUUUCCACCUCUCCAGUUCACACUUUAGGGGGAUGGACUUCUCCAGCAACUUCUGAGUCCCAUGGCCACCCAUCUUCUUCUACCCUUCCAGAGGAGGAAGAGGAGGAGGAAGAAGGCUACUGUCCUCGUUGCCAGGAGUUGGAGCAGGAAGUCAUUUCAUUGCAACAAGAAAAUGAAGAACUCCGAAGAAAACUGGAGAGCGUUCCAGUGCCCUGCCAAACUGUUUUAGAUUACUUGAAGACGGUCCUUCAGCAUCAUAAUCAACUGAUGAUUCCACAGACGGUGGAACAGCCAGCAGAGGGGAGCAAGCAAUUGCUGAACAAUUAUCCCGUCUUCAUCACUAGCAAACAGUGGGACGAGGCCGUCAACUCUUCCAAGAAAGAUGGACGGCGGCUCCUUCGGUACCUCAUCAGAUUUGUCUUCACAACCGAUGAGCUUAAGUACUCGUGCGGCCUUGGAAAAAGAAAAAGGUCAGUGCAGUCAGGAGACACUGGUCCUGAAAGACGCCCUCUGGAUCCAGUGAAAGUAACAUGUCUCAGAGAAUUCAUUAGGAUGCAUUGUACCUCUAAUCCGGAUUGGUGGAUGCCUUCCGAAGAACAGAUCAACAAGGUGUUCAGUGAUGCCGUGGGACAUGCUCGGCAAGGGCGGGCAGUGGGGACAUUCCUCCACAACGGGAACUCAUACUAUGAUGGGAUUGAUCAACAUAGUUCCCAUGACGACCUCUUCAGUAGAGGCAUCCAUGAUGGCUCUGGAGACUGA